AUGUGGCAGUUAGUAUUCCGCAAUGGCGCUCGGCUGUUAUUGGGCUCGACAGCCAUGGGUGCCGGCGGUAUGACUUAUGCAGCACAUUCGGAUGAAGGUUUUAGACGCUCACUUUACUUCUGGCGUAAGGCUUUUCCUAUUUACUUGCACUAUCGAGCAGCACAGUUGUAUAUGGAACGUGCCCAACUAUCGAAUGAGGAAAAAGAUGCCGAGUACGAAAAAUUGCACGAAAAGUACGCACCUGAGGUGUUCGAGAUUGUGUUGGAACUUAAAGGAUUUUACGUCAAACUAGCUCAAACUGGCUCGACGAGGCCCGACGUGCUACCAAAGCAGUAUUUAGAUCGAGCUGCCAAGCUUCAAAACGACGCGCCGUCCAAGUCUCUGGAAGAAAUUUGUACAAUUAUCGAGCAAAGUUACGGAAAACCCGUAGAUCAGUUGUUUCAGUCGAUCGACUGUCAGCCACUAGGAGCUGCAUCGAUCGGUCAAGCCCAUCGAGCAGUGUUGCUUGAUGGCCAAGAAGUCGCGGUAAAGGUGCAGCAUCCGGACGCCGAAACGUUUUUUCGCUGGGAUAUUAAAACGAUUCAGGAUUUUUGUCGAUAUUUUCAACCAGCACAUCUACCAUUUCUUGUCGAAGUGGAAAAGCAAUUCAUGACUGAAUUUAAUUAUGUAGAAGAAGCCAGGAAUCUAGACACGGUACGGAAAAAUAUUGCCAAGAGUCCGUAUGCCGCAAAGGUGGCGAUUCCCGAACCAAAGAUCGAGAUGUGUACCAAGGAAGUGUUGGUUAUGGAAUUUCUUAAGGGACGCAAGCUACUAGAUGGUAUCCAAGAUCACUUUGAAGCGAUUGCAGCGGGGAAAGGAGUCACAGUAGAAGCUUUGAAGCAAGAGCAGGAACGAAAGGACAAGGAGCGAGAGGCCCUGGGUCUAGAUAUUGAAAGUGGUCCCUCUUCGUUGAAGCUACGGCUUUACGGGUGGACACUUGGAGCAAAGCAUCUAGUCCGACGCGUGGCACGUGUGUCGUACGACUACACUUUAGGAUUUGUGGCUCCAAAACAUUGGGCAUUAAGUGAAGACGAAAAGCAUCGAGUAUUGAAUCUUCCUGCAAUCCUGAAACUGAUCAUGGACGUUCACGGAUAUGAGAUAUUCGUGAAUGGAUCGUUUAAUGGCGAUCCACAUCCGGGAAAUAUUCUUCUGCUUGAAGAUGGUCGCCUUGGUCUCAUUGAUUAUGGCCAAGUGAAGCACAUUUCAGAAGAGCACCGAGUCUGUCUGGCAAAGCUGAUUGUAGCACUUGCAGAGGGGUCACGUGAUGAAAUCAUUGCAGUCAUGACGAACGAUAUGCGGAUCAAAACAGCAAAUAUGGAUCCAUACUUUUUAGAGAAACAAGCCCGUUUGAUGAUUGAUAAUGACGAUCGAACUGUGACAGAAGGCAUGAAUCCCCAGCUUUUUCUUGAACGAUUGCACACGAUUGACCGUAUCGAGUAUAUUCCAGACGAGUAUGUCAUGGCUUUUCGAUGUUCGCUACUGUUACGUGGCUUUAGCUACCUCUUGCAUUACAAGUUUUCGCACGCCCAAAGCUGGAAGCAGAUAGCACAACAAGUGAUUCGUGAAACUGCUGAUACUUCUUCAAAGGAAGAGAGAAAAUCACAAAUAUUUGACUUUGACAAGUAUUUUUGGUUUAAGCGAAUAGCGCACAUGCUAGAACGAAGAAAGACUCAGAUUGACGCGGAUUUCCAGGACGAGUGA